AUGGUAUAUACCGACACGGCCGCCGUGAGUUUAUGCCUAGUCGGUGCGCGGUGUUACUGUCGUCAGUGGGGCGUGGAGCAGGCGACAGCGCGGUACGCAGCGGCGAAAUCUGCUCAUAUCCGAACCAAAAUGGCCGGUGCGCUGAUUUGCUUUUUGGUGGUAUUAUGCAGUUUGCUACACCAAGGUUUAGCAAUCACAUGUUACCAAUGUAACAGCCACAACGACUCCCGCUGUCUACUGCAAAAGUUGCCAGACUCGCUGCGACUGCCGUGCGGACCAAAAGACACAAUGUGCCGUAAAAUUUCUCAAGUCGUAGAGUUCGAGAUGAAUGGUAUGCCUCCGGACAGCCGUGUCAUCAGGAGCUGUGGAUGGGACGAGAGCAGUUACAAGGGUCGCUGUUACCAAAGGUCGGGUUUCGGUGGUCGGCAAGAAGUUUGUUCUUGCAUAGAGGAUGGCUGCAACUCCGCUUCAAUUCCCGUAGGAGCCACUGCUCUAAUGCUACUAACAUUCGCGUUACUGAGGUUUUAGGAUUACAUUCUUUACAGUGAACCUGGUGGAUUAUGAUCAGGUCUCCGAGCUGAAGACCAAGAAACAAUAUAGGUUAAUAGCCCAAAGGAAACUAGGGAACUGAUCUAUUAGAAUGUUUAUAAUUAGUAGAAUAUGUUCCCGUUGUGUUCGUUAAUAUUGUAGUGGUGCAUAGUGUUAAAUAUAGUCUGCGCGUUAAAUAAGUUAGGGACUUGUUGUAAAUAGAUGUUAAUAUUCGCAAGCGUUGCACAAACUGAAAGUAGUCUUAUGUUAGGGCAAUGGAGUUCUUAAUUAAGCCAAAGGCCUGUCCAUACGUCGAUAGUUACCAUAUUUAUAAUGUUCUGCGUGACCUUAAUCUUUGUUGUGUUUGUGUUUUGCGAUUGUAUUUAAUAAAGUAAUUAACAUUAUCAGGUUUUUAUUUGUCAUGUAAUAUUUUAUGCCUAUUUUAUAUCAGUUUUAUUAAACAGAAAUUCUUCAUCUAACUAAGGCGGUGGAGUAAAUCUUAAAAGUGUAACCACUUCAAGAAACACAGUUGAGUAAUCUCAAUUGUGCUCUUCCGGCGAAUCUCACAGAAGUCAACGAGGAACAUCCUUUCUAUUUGGUGUCGCAUGACUACAUAAUACUCUACAAUAAUACCGUACAAUGAUAAUACCAGACCAGAUGUCUGAAGUACCUGUUACAAAGCUGUGGUCUACAAAACAUGGCCUAUUUAAUGUUUGGAGUCGUUCUAUUUUUCACUAUAUUUGAUUUUGGUGAGUAAAUAUAAAUAUUACAUGCUUAUUCGUCAUCUUGUCUAUAUUUAUAAUAAUUGAAAGAUUAUAUAAUAGUUCAUAUCGGAACAGUGAAAGUAGGUAGUGAAUUACAAACCGCAUUAAAUUGAUUUUAGAUAGAAGUGAAAAUAUUUAUUUGGCCGACCCUGUAUUUAUUUUUAUCGCCCAAUUUGAGCAGAGCCUUAACACUCAUACUUUGUUGCUCCGAAAACGAAACACAUAUUCUGUACAGAUUAUCUGGACAAUAAGGAUAGUAUUUUUAUUGGGUUAUAAGUUUCUAAAGAUAAUGUUAUCGUAGAGACGCAAUAGAACGUUUCAAUAACAUUUAUUUUCAGAGAACUGUUGUAGGUCUUCUGAAAACUACUUAUAAUAUUUGAAUUUAUCAGGAACUAUUUUCUUGCGUCACGCUUGGUUAAUAACUGAUAAUCAAUUUUAAACCAAUAAUGCUUUUAAUAUAUAUUAGAGCUAAAUGUACAAAAAUCAAAUAUAUUUCAGAAUAAGCAUUUUUUUUAGUUGCACUAUUAACUUUGUUUUUAAAACCUUAAAAUAAGAAAUAUAAAAAAAAUAGUAAUAAGCUGAACACAAAUACCUUAUGUAGUACCUUACCUACUCGGCCCGCUUUUUCUUCGUCUUUAGGAUUCCCAUGGAUCCAUGGAAAAACUUUUAGUGACAAUAGAACUUUAAUAUUUUACUGUGUCAACUUUAGAAUAAAAGUACAUGACUUUUUAAAAUUUUUACACUCGUAUUUAUAGUCGAGAGAAGUAUCACUUGAGAAAAUGUCAUAAGCUAAUAAUAUUUUUAACCAAUAGAUGAGAAUUUGAAUGAACUAAGAACUGUUGAUAGCCAAUUACAUUAAUAAUACUAUAAAAUAUUAAUAUACUAAUAUACAAGCGGUAACUACCAAGAACUACAAAUUUCCAUACAAAAUCCUAACGUGCUCACUAGUGAACGAGUAAGUGUAAACUUACACUUACCAUUUUUUACUUCAUUCAAAUUCUUGUUUAUUUGGUAAAAAUGCCUGCUUAAGUUAUGACAUAUUCUCAAGUGAUUGAUUAUCUAAUUCUCUCGAUUACAGAUACGAGUGUUAGAGUAUUUGCAAAAAA